AUGGACAUUCUUUUGGCUUAUGAGCGUUUACGUGCCCUUCAUCGCUUCUCUGAACUAAUGAGCAUCGCUUGUCUUUUAUCGAUAAAUCAUGAAAAUAUCAUGGUGUUUUCGACAAGUGGUCCGCUACAUUUCCUUAUGACAUUGCAAGCUUCACUCAGUCUGACACUCUCAUCUCGAGAUACACCUAUGUUGCCUUUUGCCACAUACUCGCCAGUCGAAGAUUGCUUCCAUCCAGAAUGUUCAGGAAAAGAACUACUGUUGUUCACUAUCGCUUAUGCUGCGUUUCAGGCUACGCCACCAGCGGUGAAUAUCUAUACACCUCCUGGUAAGAAUCCAUAUAUUGUAACAUGUGCUUUUAGAUUUCUAGUAUUCUCAACGAACAAUUGCCAUUCACUACUGAAGAUGGACGAUUUCAUCGCACAUCUUAAUACCUUGGAGUUGAAAUCUACAACAGAUAUGGCCCGUUUAGAGGAAUUGCGACGAACUAAUGCUAUGAAACAGGAGAUGAUCGCUUUAAUGAAGAAAGAGCUUGCAAGAUAUGAAGAGUCGGACAAGGAACGGAAUGAAAAACGUGAAAAUCUUGAGCGUCAACACGAGAUGAUUGUGAAGAACGUUGCAGAAAACCUUUCCAGCGCCGAGAGCUUUUCAGCUGAAUUGGAAACUUUGCAUACGGAAUGUGCUAAUCAAAUGAAAAACAGAGAUGAAGUCCAAACGAAAUUGAGUGAUUUGAGAACACAAUUGUCAAGAAUUGCCGAGUCUGAGAAAAGACUGCGUAGUGAUGUUCGUGACCUUAAAGAAACCCCUGGAGCAAUAGCACCUGAUCUAAUUAAAGAAAUGCGAUCGAAACAAGCCGACAUUCGGAAGGCGAUCUCAGACCGAUUUGCGAAAUUCGACCUAAAAGCAAUUGUUGCGAAGAUGGAGGAGAUUGAAGAACAACGCAGACGAAGACUGGAAAUGGCAAAAGAGCUUGAAGUAAAAUAUGAAAUGUCAGCUAGACUGGAUGCUGAAAAUGAGGCACUGGCUUCUCAACUGCAAAAACUGCAAACUAAGUUUUCAGUACUGCUGGAAAAAAAGGAGAAGAUUGUUAGGCAGAACGAGGAUUAUGCUAGACGUCUGGAUGAAAUGGAAUUAGAAAAAGCACACAUACUUAAAAUAUCGGAAUCAAUGGCAUCUGAACGAGAGAAAAUAAGGAGGGAAACGGCCAUUGUUAUGCAAGAAACCGCUGAAAACGAAAAAAAAAUAUCCUUGGCCAAGCACUCCUUAGAAGAAAUGAAAGCAGAAGUUUUACAAAAAGAGGAAGCCCUUAGAGAGUUGAAGGAACAUCGUGAAAGGCAGGAACAGCAGAUGGCAGCUGAAUUAGAGAAUAUGACGAAUGAAUUCGAAAAGAGAUGUGACAUUUUACUGAAACGACAGGAGAGGUAUUCGAAAGCAUCGGAAGAGGCCAGAGCAGAGAUCGAGAAAAUGAAACGCUAUGAGAAAUUUCGCGCAGCGUAUGACGAGAAGUGCCGUAAAAUAUCCGAAAUGCAGGAAAAGCUGUUAAAGUUGAAGGAACAUCACAGCAAUCUCCUCAAAAAGCAGGAGGAAAAGGAGCGGGAACGAGCUGAACAGUUUGGUUUAAGUUUAAAUCUCUUCCUACAGAAGGCGAGAGUCGAGACCGUUCGCCGUGAAGUCGAGGCAAAAAAGCGUGAGACGGAUGCAAGGAUUGAGGACAUGAAGGCAGAGAAUAGAAAACUAGACGCUAAAAUUAUGGCGGAAAAGCAACAUGUGAAAAUUUUGGAAAAUACGAUUUACGAGAUCGACGGCAAGAUUUGUCUAGAGAAGCACUUGGUAUCUGCUAAGAGAGAAGAGCUAAGGAGAGCCAAAAUCAAAUUACAGGGAAAUUUCACUCAAUCAGGAGAUGGAGCCGCGGAAUUAACACCAGAAAAACAGAAUCUUGACGGAAGGCAAGAAGAACGUCUCAGCAGAAAGAGGCCAAUGGAGAAGGCUGGAAAUAAGCGUGAGGUACAACUGAAAAGAAGAUUCUCUUUUGAUGACAGAAAAUCAAAUCGAGGUAUCGCACAAAAAGAAAAUGAGGUGGGAAACGAUCAGGAUAGAAGAAUCGAAUGCAUUGGGAAAAACAACGAUACGAACAAAGUCGAUGAGGGAAAAGACUUCACUACAGCUUAUCAAUUAAGGAGACACUUUUGUACUAGAAAAGCUAGAAGCGUUGAAAUUGAAGGCGAACAAAGUUCUAAUUCCCAGCACACUACUUCGCUUGCUUCAAUGUUGGCUGAGGAAUUCAAGCGAGACAUUACCGUUGAUAGGCAUGGUGGUGUGGUAAAACACGACGACGGUGGCGAGUUAUUCGGCAGACCUGGGAAUAUUGCGCACAACAAAUCUAUUCUGUCAAAAACCACCAUUGCAAACACAGCGCUUAUGGCGAAUGCAGCCGAGAGACGUGUUAAAGGCGGGAAGAAGACAGUUCGUUUCGAACUCAGUGAAUUGAGCACUUCAACAUCUGGCACUGUGAAGAAGCAGUAA